AUGUGGGAGGGGGUCCCCAGGUGUGCUGAUGGGUGGGGCGAGGAGGCCGCCAUCUUUAUCGGGGAGGUGGUGCGGCAAUGCGCGGCCCUGUUGGAGGGAGAGGUGGCGCGGAUCAUGGAGGUGUUUUGGCAGCCUGUGGAGGACAUGAUGGAAGAGGUGGAGGUGGUGGCGGAGAAGCAGCAGCAGCAGGUGGUGGCGGAAGAGCAGGAGGAGAAGCCCCAGGAGCAGGGGCAGGAAGAGCCAGGGCCGUCCCCGAAGAGCGCCUCGCUGGAGGCGCUGGAGGCGUUGAAAGUCUUGCAGUUACAGCUGGAGCCUGUGAAUGCGGAGUGCAGCCGACAACUCUUUCGUCUCAAGGUCACAACACUUAUGAGGCGGAAGCCUUAUCUGGAACACAGAAGCACCAUCAUCCAGAGCAUCCCUGGCUUCUGGGUCAAAGUUUUUGUGAACCACCCCCGGAUGUCGGCCAUGAUUAGCACCCAAGAUAAAGAAAUGCUUAGCUACAUGACCAACUUGAAGGUGGAGGAGCUCGCAGAUCCCAGUGAUUACCGCAAGAUCAUGUUGUUUUUCCGGAAGAACCCCUUUUUCCAGAAUGAGGUGGUUGUUAAGGAGUAUCUCAUUGAGGCCACUAGAUAUAGGGCAUCUCAUCUCGCUCCAAUUCAGUGGCACCGUCGUUUCGAAGAGGAAGUGUAUAGCCGCAGGCACAACAACAGCAGCCUUAACUUCUUCAACUGGUUCUCUGACCACAGCUGUGUAGGAUCUAGCAGGAUUGCUGAGAUCAUCGGCGAGGACCUGUGGCCCAAUCCCCUGCGCUACUACCCGAGGGAGAAAGGCCCCACCGGGACAGGUCACCGAGAGGAGGACAGCGGGCCUCUGAGGCUGCCCGGAUCCCAUCGUGAACGGCCACAUCAGCGGCGACGGCUUCAGUUACAGGGACACCGUGGUUUACCAGUGCAAACCCCGGUUUCCGGCUUGUGGGGACUUCCGUCCGGAUAUGCUUGCAAGACCCCAAGUGAUCCGGACACACCCCAGUCUGUGUCCCUCAUCUCAGAUGGGUCCCAGGAUGAGGGAUGUCAGGCAUGCAUUCCCCCAACGUUAUCUCAGGACGACAAGGUGGAAACAGCAUCCGACCAGAGGAGGAUAGAGGUGCUGGGUCCGAGUAUGCAGGUUGGCUUUGCAGGGGCCCCACGGUAG